AUGUACCACGGGGCGCCUCGGGACCGCGGGGACAAGGUGCCGCUUUCUGUUCUCCUGUUCUUCUCGUCCUUCCCCCUCUCUAAUCUUAUCUCUCUGUCCCUCUUCGUUAAUACAAAAUGUUACAACCCAAAGCGCCAGCGCCUUACGCCCCCGCCCAACGAAGUGUGGAUGGAGGCCAUCAUGAGCAAGGGUAAGACGCCAGAUGGAUACAUUCCCGCCUCCGCCGUCUCGGCCAGCGGUGUGGCCACGUCUUCGGCUGCGGGUUGGCAAGGGAGAGCGAGAGCGCCUCCAGACUACCCUCAAGCGUCGGGUCCUCAGGGACCUGUACAGUAUCAGCACUACACUGCAGCCCCCAGUUAUCAGGGGAGACCGGUAGAACGUCCUCCCUCUUAUCAAGGGAGAGCACCGGAGAGUUACCAAGGGAGACCUGUGGAUGCAGGAUAUCAAGGGAGAAUGAUGGACGGAGCGCCGGCAUAUCAAGGGAGAACAAUGAACGGACCUGCUAGUUAUCAAGGGAGACCGAUGCCUGGUCCUGUGUAUCAAGGGAGAGCGAUGGAGAACCCUGCUGGAUAUCAGAACAGGCCAAUGGAUGGGGGCUAUCAGGGGAGGAUGGAGCCACCACCAGGUUACCAGGAGAGACUGGCGGACGCACCCGUGGUGUACCAGGGAAGGCUUAUUCAGGGCAAUGCUGCUUAUCAGGGACGUGCAGUGGAUGGCUCUGCAGGAGGGAAGCUUUAUCAGGGCAGGAUGGCUGAGACGUCGUCUUCGGGGAAGAUGGCUGAGGACUACAAGAGGGAGAGGAAGCUGCCUCCUAGAGUGGAGGAAAUGCUGAGAGAGCAGGUGAAUUUGGACGAGUCUGUGCUGCACGACGCGUAUGCUGUGGCGAUGGAGGAUCUAAUCCCGGAAGAAGAGGCCAAUUUCGUGGCUAAAGGACUAUGUCACUUGUGCGGAGUGAGCGAUAACCACUUCGUGCCAGUGGUGAAUUUUUGUCCACAUGGGGACGAGCACCACUCGCUCUGUCGGGAACAUUUGCGCAGCGUGUAUAGAGUGCGACUGGAAGCUCUGUUUGUGGGCCGGAACGGAUCUGCGCCUAAUCGUCGUCUACUACGCUGCUUGAUCUGUACGCGUGGAUGUCCGUGCACCAGAUGCACGGCUGAGAAGGAGCUGGAGGUGAAGAAAUACAAACGCUAUCUUAUGGACACGCUGCGUCGUAGUGGACAAGGGUCAGUGAAUGCUGUGAAGGACGAUCGUGCUGUUGCUGCCGUAGCUGCUGCCAAGGCCUCUGUGUCUGCUCCGACCUCUGAUGGGCGGUUGACAUAUGGGGGCACUCAAAGCGUGAACACAAGCGAUGCUCGUCGAUACGCUCAGUAUCCUCCCACACCACCAACGGAAGGUCGUCCUCCCAUGCAGCGGGACGGAUUACCAACUCACAGUGCUGAGGCAGAAAAAGCGUACGACGCACGCAGUCAAAUACAGUUCAAGCCGUCCGAGAGUGACAAGUACCCGGCGGAUGAACAGAAUACGCGUGAUGGCUUUGCUCCUAGUAUGCAGGCACAACCGAAGUCUCCGUCGCAAUAUCCCCCCGUCCCGAAACGUGCAGCCAAGGAUACGUCGGCUGGUAUGCUCGCUGUGAUGGCGGAUAGUGCGCAAUCUAACGAUCCUCGUGUUGCUGCUCGGGUCGCGUCGCCUCAGGUUCAACACGCGGAAUCACCAUCAGCGGCAACCGUAAUGAAUUGUGCCGAGUCGGAGAAGUCGCUGGUUCAGCUGCUAAGCUCGUUAAAUCAAGGUGGAACGCCCGCCAGCUCAGCAAUGGACGCGAGCAGCCAGUCGAGCAAGGACGGUAAUAAUCGUCCAAGUGACUCACGCUACAAUACGAAUGGAAUUGCAGCGAGGAGCGAAAGCGGUGUGAAAACUCAAAGUUCUGGCGAUGUUGAGAUGAACGCGUCUCCCCAGACGUUCUCUGGUCGUGGAAUUGCUGACCGCCGCCGUCAAGGAGAGAGUCCGUAUCAAGAUCAGUCAUCCACUAGCUCAAAUGAGUCGGACAGCCCGCGUCGCCCGAGUGUUGGUACGCGGCCAAUUGGUGAGACUCCGCCGCGCAAGCGGAAGAUUAGUGAAAGUACAGGCGAGGACAGUCCAGCGCCUCGUAACUCGGAGGAUAUGUCACGAGAUGGUUCCAAGCCUACGCGUCGUGACGACAGCUCUGUGAAACAACAGAGUAAUGACAGCAAGGCCCAACACAAGUCCAUUGCAAGCCCGAAGCUCAGCGCGAAAGACAACACCUUGAAGGCAGACAAGAAGGAGAACCACGCAACUCCUACGCCGACGCCGCCACCUCAUCGUGGACCUGGUCGUCCUCGCAAGUAUCCUCUUCCUGAGGGAGUUGCACCUCCAGCGAGGAAGAAUGCACAGAAGCCUGCCCCUCCUGUAAAGCGGGGAAGAGGUAGACCUCCGAAACAUGCUAAGCGAGUGAAGCAGGACGAUGAAGAGACGGAGGAUGAGAGUUAUCGUCAAGAAGACGAGGAACAAGACGACGACAGCGGAUCGGACAGUGAACUGGACGCGAACUUAGAUUUCUGCGAGGUUUGCCAGCGCGCUGGAGACCUUGUCUGCUGCGAUAAGUGCCCACGUUCUUACCACUUGAAGUGUCUGCACAUGACGGAGAAUGAUCUGCCGGAGGGAGAUUGGCAGUGCACUGAGUGCAAGAAACCAUCGCGUUUCGACGCGUAUUCCACUGCUGUGGCUGCAGAGAAGACCUUGCUGGACAGGUGUCUGAAGAUUGUGUCGUGUCUGAAGUCGCACCCGUUCUCCAAGCCGUUCCUGACACCCGUGGAGAAUGUGCCGAUGUACACGCGGGUGGUGAAGCAACCGAUGGACUUGUCGAAGAUCGAGAACAAGCUGAAGAAAGGAGCGUAUGUCGUUGACAGCAACAUGGCGGCGUCUGGUGCCAAGAAGCUGGAUGUGACGCACUUCGCCAAUGAUAUUCGACUGAUGUGGUCGAACUGCAAGCUUUUCAAUGACGACGGGUCCGGUAUCACGCGUGCGGCGGAUAUCCUGUCGGCGGGCUUCGAGCGUCUGUAUAAAGAGUCUAUUGAGCCUCCGUUGGCUUCAUGA